CGGCUUUUUCCGCCGGCGUCUGUGCCGCCUCUGCCCCGGAGGAAAGCCCGCCCAGAAGAGGAGGCGAAGUCCUGGCCGUGCCGAGCGCCGGCAGCCACCCCGGAAAGAAGACGCGCUCGGUGCCGGCGGCGACGGCGGCGUAAUAGGAACCGGCGGGGGGAGAACGGUUGGCUGCGGGCCGUCGAGCCUCCGCGGGGGCGGCGUGGAAGCCAGGCGCAGAGCAUGGGGGCCGCCCGGCUGCUGCGGGCCGCGCUCUGGGCCCUGCUCCUGCCGCUGAUAAGUGCCCAAGGAGGAAUUCUUCAUGUAGUUCAAAUUGACAAACCCUAUUUAACAAAGAAUUAUUGCAUCUUUUACAAUUCCACCUGGACUUCCCUUCCUGAUAGCUUAUCUAGCAUUGACUAUGCAAGUCUGGAGUUCCUGACCCCUAAGAUGCUCUGCAGCCGAUCCGACGUUACCAAAGACAUCAAGGACAAAGCUAUCGUAGUGAAGAGGGGAAAUUGCACUUUUCUAGAAAAGGCAGAGAUUGCUCAGCAUUUCGGUGCUAAAUUGGUGCUGAUAGCCAGCGAAACUUAUAUAAGUUCUCCUGGAGGAAACAAGACCGACAAUCUCACCAUUCCCAUUGCGCUCGUUAAAGACUCAGAUAUAAAGGAUUUGGAACAGACUCUUGGAAGAAAUGUUAAUGUGGGAUUAUAUGCACCCCCUGAACCGCUCUUUGACUAUAGUAUCGUGAUCAUUUUCCUAAUUGCGAUGUUCUGUGUGUCUGUUGGAGGCUACUGGAGUGGCAGGGCAGAGCUUGAGAAGCUAAAACGAGGCCCCAACCCGGGGAGCAACGAGUCGUUAUCAGAUGAAGAAACUCUAACUUUAACCCCUCUGAGUGUGGUCAUCUUUGUGUCCUUCUGCUGCAUUAUGCUGGUCUUGAUGUAUUUCUUCUACAAAUGGCUCGUGUAUAUGGUCAUUGCCAUAUUCUGCAUAGCAUCUGUUUCAAGCAUGUACUCCUGUCUCUCUGCCCUACUGAAAAACAUACCUUAUGGACAAUGCAGGUUUCCGUGCUGGAAUCGGGCUCUUGAAGUAAGACUGGUUUUCCUCUUGCUGUUUUGCGUAGCGCUGUCCGUUACCUGGGCUGUGUUUCGGAACGACGAUAGAUGGGCUUGGAUUUUACAAAACAUCCUUGGCAUUUCUUUCUGUCUGAACUUUAUUAAAACACUCAAAAUGCCUAACUUCAAGUCAUGUGUGAUUCUUCUAGGUCUCCUUCUUGUAUAUGAUGUGUUUUUUGUCUUCAUCACACCUUACAUUACAAAAAGUGGAGAAAGUAUUAUGGUUGAAGUGGCACUUGGUCCUCUUGACAGCAGUGAAAAGAGUGAUGGAAACUUGAUGGAUGCCUCUGCUGAACAAUCAGCUCCUCAUGAGAAAUUGCCCGUGGUCUUCAAGGUGCCCAGAUUGGACUUGUCACCAGCAGUGUUGUGUUUGAGGCCAUUUUCAUUACUUGGAUUUGGUGAUAUUGUCGUUCCAGGUCUCCUGGUGGCGUACUGCAACAGGUUUGAUGUGCAAACCUCCUCUUCCUCCGUGUAUUUCAUUAUCUGCACCAUAGCUUAUGGUGUCGGCAUGGUGCUCACCUUCAUCUGUCUAAUAUUGAUGAGGAAGGCUCAGCCAGCUCUUCUCUAUUUAGUGCCCUGCACACUUAUUCCUUGCGUCCUGGUUGCUUUGUACCGCAAGGAGAUGAAAAAAUUCUGGAACGGUAGCAGCUAUCAGGUGAUGAAUUCCGCUUCUAAUGAAGAAAAUGCCACACAAGCCACCGAACAUCAUGAGGGACAAUAACACAUCACCAAAAAUAAUGUACUAUGAUUUUUCUACUCAAAUAAUAAGAGACUGGUUUAAUUUUUAAACUGGAAUAUUUCAUACACUUUAUUAUGAAAAGAAUCGCCUUUUUUUACACUUGCACAUAUAUUUUUGUGAAAAGUUUACUAUUGAUAUUCUCAGAAUGGUUAGAACCUAUUAUCUCUCGAGGUACCAAACCAUAUUCAAUAAACCUGUGCCUUGUUCAAUUCAGUUCAAGUUUGUGGCCUAUGAGAUGGAUAGUAUUGCUAAUCAAUGGUCCACUUUGCUCCUGAAUCUCAGGCUUUCCACCUAAGUCUUUAUUUGAAGCAUUUAGGAGCAGAAUAAUGCAGACCAGAAGUGUCUUAUCAGAGGUCCAGCUAGCAGGAAAAAAACCACGGGUUACUAUGCACGAGAAAGUAACGAUGGGCAACUAAAGUUACAUGCAACCAUGUGAUCCCAUGAGUGCACUUCCCAGAAGUCCAGGUUGAUGGCAAUUUUCUGCAGCAAAAUAUAUAGUUGCAUCCAAUGAUUGUCCCACAAGAGAGAAAAACAGAGGCAUUGAGGCCUCAACAUUCCCAUUUUUUAAAACCUUAUCAAACCCUAAAAAACUCCAAAACCUAAAAGGUUCAGUCCUGCCCUUUCCAUUUUGUCACUAUCACAAAUCUUUCAACCUGUGGCCUCAAAAAGUGGUUCUCGCCUAUAUAAUACAAGUUAUAAUGUAUAAUGUAGAGCGGUUGUGAAAUUAUAAAAUGAGUAAGAUGGACAAAGAAUCAGAUGAGAUGAGCCCAUUCAUUAGUUAUAAUUAGGAGUUCCUGUACUUAAUCCAUUGUGAGCUAAUGAAUGUUAUUUUUUAAAAAUACUUAAGAUAAAAAUUGGAAGAAAUAUAAAAAAACCAGAAACUUAGUUUUCCUCUUUACACAUUAGCACAAUUAAUAAAAGUCUUAAGUUUCCAAAUCAGAGGCUCAUUUUUUUAGUUCUCCAACUCACCUUUUAUUGUUAUCACUUAACACAUCCAUCAUUUGAAUUUUUAUUUCAGCCUACGCCUUAGGGCAAAGCUUCUAUAACAGUUGUCAUAGUAAUAAUAAAAUAAGUUCAGCUCUAGCAUUUUGAUUUGAAAGAGAUUUCCCACUUUUAACCUCUCUUGGAAGUGUUGAUGAACAGAAGUUUAGUAACUUUGAGCAUCAACGUAGAUUUAAACCAAAGACACUUGGAGGAAUGUGUAAAAGAAAAAAAAAAGGGGGGGGGAAGACUUGGCAAUGCUUUAUUUCAAAUGUAGUAUAACAACAACAGUGUAACAUAAACUUCCUCAUUUGGUGUCUUCCACAUAUCAUAGGACUGCAGCUUCAGAAUAUUGUUAAGAAUUCUGGGAAUUGUAUUCUACACAUGUUUAAAAGCCAUCAAGUUAGGAAAAGCUGGAAUAAUUGGGUAACAUAGAUCUUGUAGAUCAACUGAAGAGACCGGAAGCUUUUGAAAUAACUAUUUUUUUUAAUGAUGUUUUCACUCAGGAGAAAUAGGGUUCGUUUAAAUGAAACUUCAUUUAAGCUAAUGAGAACAAGUCUAAAAAGCAAUUUAAAAGCACUUGCUAUUCUUUUAACUGGUUGCAUAUUUGUAAUCAUCUCCACAAGGGAAAGCAGAUUCCUAAAGCAAGAAUUUCCUCUAAAUUUGUAGACUGUCUUAUAGCCAUUUAAAAUACUGAUUUUGUGUGGGCUUUUGAUUUGAGGUGACACACUCAUGAAGAAGUCUGUCUUCAUGAGAACUUCCCUUCCAUGCCCUAAGGCUGUGAUGGAGAACCUAUGGUAUGCAUGCCCAAAGUGGCACAUGGAGCCAUAUUGCCUGACACGGGCACAUCACUUGUUCCUCUUCUGCGCAUGCAACAAUCAUCUGACCUUUGUGCGUGCGGCAGUGCCGGAAACUGCAAGAGCUUGUCUUCUGUUUUCCAGCAUGAACAUGUGCGCUGGCCAGCUGAUCAUUGCGCAUGCACCUGCCGAAAACCGUAAGCUCAUUUUCCGGUGCGCGCAUGCCCCCUGGGUAGCUCCUCUUCUUGGUUGCGGCCCAGAUGAGCACGCACACUCCCUUUGCAGCACUCGGUGCCGAAAAGAUUCGCCAUCACUGCUCUAAGGUGUAGGUGUAGAAUAGAUUGUACCGUAGCUACAAUUCCUUAAUCCAUACAUCAGUUAAUAGGUUCAGGGACUUUCCUGGACCAUUUGAUGGAAGAAUUUCCAUUCAUUGUUGACCAGAAUACAGAAAUGAAAAAAAAAAUGGCCUACAUUUUCUUGAUAUACCAUUGGGGUCCUCUGUAUACAUUUUCUUAUAAGGGACAGGAGGCAUACGGCUGGGAUAUUUUCUGUUUUCUUUUCAAUCAUAAUUGAUGAACCUUUAUUGAAUUUUUACCGGAGUCCUUUCUGUCAAAAGGCUUACUGAUCAUGAGACACAUUGAAAACAAUCAAAGCUGCAGAGCAGGGAUCCAGUUGGUGACCAACCAUCAGGUUUACAGACCUAAGAAACUUGAAAUGAUAAAUACCAAGGUUUCUUAUUCUGUCCCCAACAUGAUCCAUCUUUUCUUUAUUCUUUUAAACAAGUCUUUAGUCAACAGAUUACCCCCAAACAGAUAUCUCCCCCAAACAGAUAUCUCAUUUGAACAACGGUUGUAUUAAAUCAAGGGAACCUGAAACUUAUAUUUGCAUGAUGGAACAGAAAAGAGAUCCUUUUCUCUUAAAAUGUCUUUUGAUGAGAGACAAGCUUAAAUUGUAGAUAAAAGGUUAAUUUUAAUUUUAAUUUUGCUGAGUUUGGGAUAGUAAAUGACGGCCAGAAAUGAAUAGACUUUUUGAACUGAUUUUGUCUAUUUUUUUUACAUUAUAUUGCUUGCUACUUUGGAAAUUUUAAAAAAAGUUCAAUAAAUUUAAUUCAUCAGAGAAUUGUCAAAUUUAAUUUUGUUUAAUGGCUAAAUUCAUUGAAUUACAUUUGUAACGAAUAGAAUUGACAAAUUACAUAAAAUUGUCCACUGAACAUGCAUUUGCUUUUUUGAGAGAGAGAGUAGAAUAAAUAUUUCAAAUUAUGACAAAUGUUCCAAACUUCUCAUUUUGAAAUGUCAAAUUAACAGUGUCUGUAUGGACUAUUUAACAAUAUUCUUUAAAAUUGGGUGCUUUAACUGUUGGUUACUGAAUAGCAUGAUAGGGGCCACAUUGGACAUUUUCUAAAAGUGCUUAAAAAUUCAGUUGUCCAUUUUCAUUUUAACAGCCUUAGUAAUAAGUAUAACAUUAAUCAUAGUACGGCUAGAGCAAUAAUCCAGUCUGAUAAUCACCUCCUUUGCUGCUUUUGUUUCUGAAACAUUGUAUAUUUUUGUUUUCUAAGAUUAUUAUAAUUUGGAAAAACAUUUUGUAUCAAAUAAACUUUCAGCAAUAAUUUAA